AUGUUUGGAGCUGAGAAAGGUAUGUGCAAACGUUGUAGAGAACAAAUGAAGAUGGUGGAACAUCUAGCAACGCAGUGCGAAUGUUACAUCACAACAGUACUAGAAGAUACAAUGAGAAAAACACCAAAUAAAGAAGCCGGGAAUAAACGUAAAGAUCAGUUAACGAACCGAUACAAGAAAUCCAAAAAGCGUCGUCUUGUGUUUUCAGAUGAAGAUGAAACUAUUGAUGAUGAAUCAUGGGAAUAUGAAUUAUCGAAUUCACCGACCAAAAGUGAAGAAACAGAAAAUGAAAGUGACAAACCAAAUGAGGAAAAUUCAAGUGACGAUGAAUUAGAAGUAUUUCGUCAGUUGCAAAAUGGAAAGAAACCAAAAAAAAGAUCUGAAUUCAUUGAAGAAGAAGCAGCAUUGUCUGGAGAUGAUAUUGGAAGUGAUGAUGAUGAUGAUGAUGAGGGUCAGCUAGAUGUUUAUGAAGCUGAAGAAGGGGACGAUGAUGAAGUUCCAGACGAUGAAACCAUCAAAGAACAGCUUCAGAGGCAGUGGAUAAAACAACAACAAGAUGAAGAAGACAGAAAGUUGUUAUACUGGAAAGACAAGCUUCUCAAGGAUGGUGAUUUGACAGGUGAAACAGAUCGUACAUUUCGUUUUAAAUUACGCUCGAACGCAACAGAAGACACAAAUGAACAGGUGGAUGGCACAAGUAUUGACAGUGAAUGUCUUGAGAAUCCUAAUUUACCUGAACCUAAAAUCCCGAUAGAUGAAGCAAGCCCAUUAUUACAAGCUGCCUCGAAAAUUAUGAAGAAAACAGAUGCAAACAGGAGCAGCCAACUUGGUGAGCGAGUAGGACCCUCACUUCUGAAAAACUCUCUUUUAAGUCAUCGCAAGUCACUGUCUCAAGUGCUUGGUCAAACCAGAACGUCCAUAGAAGCCACGGAAGACUUCAAUGUCGUUUGUUACCAUUGA